AUUUUGCAAUUACAUAUAUCUUCAAAAGGCUUAAUAACGUUUGUGUUUUCUUUCAUGUUAGUGUAUAGUCGGAGUAUUCGUGCAUGUUUCGUGAAGUUAAACAAACAGCAAAAGGACGAUCAACUAACGGCAGAAUCAUCCGAACACAAAGAAAUUACAAAGUUGGAAGAUGAAAUAGAAGAUUUAAAACGAUCCCGGACAACAGCCGAAGAGUUCGCAGAAAAGAAAUUAGACAAACUAAAGUUUCAGCUGCAAGAACAAAAAAACAAACGAAGAUUAGUCGAGAAUUAUGCAAGUGUUGAAAUCUUGAAACUGGAAGAGUCCAUAGAGGAAAGGACUAGAUCUCUUAAACUAGUGGAGACGUUUGCAGAGACAGAAAUAUCUACAUUAGAGACAAAGAUAGAGAGGAAGAAAAACACACUUAAACUGGUUCAAAGAUUUUCCGACGCCAAGAUAACAAGACUUGAGGACGAAGUGAAUGAGUUUUUACAUUUUAAAGACGUAUUGCAAGCAGAAGCUGCAUCUUUGAGGUAAAUAUAUACAUUUAUUAUAUAACUAAGUUAUACGUCCAAUCGUAGUCGCUCUUUUGAACCAUGUGACCGUACA